GGUAUUUAUAGGCACGGCCCUCAAACGCCGCGUUCGGUAUCCAAAAUCUGAUUGGACAAUGGGAAGUGGCGUGAAUGCAAAUGAGGCGAUUCUAGUACGACUUUCUGAUUGGGUAGACGGCCAUCAGCCAAUCAGAUAGCAAAUUCCAACCUCAGUCAGACUAUAAAUAGGCCCAGUAGCAGCCCUAGAAAUGUGGUUCUCGUGUUGCUGUAAAUUGAUGCGAGGAGAUGUCUGGACGAGGGAAGCAGGGAGGAAAAGCACGCGCCAAGUCUAAGUCUCGCUCUUCUAGAGCGGGUUUGCAGUUUCCCGUAGGCCGGAUCCAUCGUCUGCUUCGUAAGGGAAACUAUGCAGAGCGGAUAGGGGCAGGCGCUCCAGUGUAUUUGGCGGCAGUGUUAGAGUAUCUCACAGCAGAAAUCCUUGAACUGGCAGGCAACGCGUCUCGCGAUAACAAAAAAACUCGCAUUAUUCCCCGCCACCUGCAGCUGGCUAUUCGCAAUGAUGAGGAACUCAAUAAGCUUUUGGGCGGCGUGACCAUUGCCCAGGGCGGAGUCCUGCCUAACAUUCAGGCAGUGCUGCUGCCCAAGAAGACUGAGAGUCACCACCAUAAAGCCCAAAGCAAGUAACUUAAGGUUGUCAUUGAUAAAAAAUGACUUAUAAGUGUCAGAAAAAACAAAAGGCUCUUUUCAGAGCCACCUA